CCCGGAAGUAAUGCCUAAAGCUGCGGACCGCGUGGUCUAGCCUCUUUGGGACUAGGUUUCCGCGGCCGCUGCGAUGACCAAAAUAAAGGCAGAUCCCGACCGGCCCGAGGGUCAGGCGGAGGCAUGCUCCGGGGAGCGCACCUACCAAGAGCUGCUGGUCAACCAAAACCCCAUCGCGCAGCCCCUGGCUUCUCGUCGCCUCACGCGGAAGCUCUACAAAUGCAUCAAGAAAGCCGUGAAGCAGAAGCAGAUUCGGCGCGGGGUGAAAGAGGUUCAGAAAUUUGUCAACAAAGGAGAAAAGGGGAUCAUGGUUUUGGCAGGGGACACACUGCCCAUUGAGGUAUACUGCCAUCUCCCAGUCAUGUGUGAGGACCGAAAUCUUCCCUAUGUCUAUAUCCCCUCUAAGACGGACCUGGGUGCAGCUGCAGGCUCCAAGCGCCCCACCUGUGUGAUAAUGGUCAAGCCCCAUGAGGAGUACCAGGAGGCCUACGACGAGUGCCUGGAGGAGGUGCAGUCCCUGCCCCUAGCACUGUGAGGGGCCCCGGCAGGACCUGGGCACCUGCCUCUGGAAGCUACUGGGCUGGUGGCAGGAUGACUGGCUGUCCUCCUGCCCACCCACACUGACGGCAUCUUCCCAGUUCCCCAAGGCACGCCUUCUUCCCAGGCAGCUCUGACAGCCCUUUCAUGAAGUAACACCAGCCUUCUCUUCAUCAGUGCCAUGGAACUUAAGUGAAGGCUGUUUCAAACACAUACAGUUAAGUGAAUGUGUGGUGGGGAAAGUAAAUGCUAAAAAGUC